AUGUCUUCGAACUCCCAGGAGGCAAUAUUGAUACCGCAGAUGGCUCUGUCCACGAUGCUCAUCCGCGAAGUCUUUGAAGAGACACAAUUGGCCGUGGUAGAGGUCGUAUUACCGCUGUCUCGCAUAACUUACACCACGGAGAAGCUGGGAAAAGGUUCGAUGGGUCAAGGGACAAUUGUCAGACGCCGUGCCGUGCAAUUGAGCUAUGUCGUCAAAGUUGAAGGGAAAGAUUUUCAAGUCAACAACGAGGAGCAUUCAUGCGGGAUCUGGGCCGGCCGCGAUCAUCUUGAUGAGAUUCUAAUCACCUCAGAUAUGAAGGCGUUGGCAUUGGAGGCCCUGGAGAUGGCACGCGCACACACCGCAUCAAAUAAGUGA